GGCAUCUAGGCUACACGAUCUCUUGUCUACUUUCGACUUUCAACGAGUAGCCUGGUCAUAUACGCCCCCUUGUGUGAGGCGGUACCCUAGUCCUUGCUGCACACCGUACUAUAGGCCACCCGAUAUGCUGCCCGCUCUCAUUCUCACACAGUGCCCGGCAAUAGACGGUUCGGGACUGCUUCAUUUUCGGAAUUCUAUUCACCUUAGCCUCACAAUUGGUAACUAAGAAGUCGUCAUGGCGACCGAAAACAUGGAAAUGAAUGGCGAUGCCGACAGAGAGAUUGGAGGGGAGGUGCCGCGCCCGGGCCGCUGGCGGCAGCGGGCGGAGGGGCCAAUCAACAUGAACCACUACGCCAACAAGAAGAGCGCGGCGGAGAGCAUGCUGGACGUGGCGCUGCUGAUGGCCAACGCCUCCCAGCUGAAGGCGGUCCUGGAGCAGGGACCCGGCCCCUUCUACAUCCCUCUAGUCACCCUCAUCAGCCUCUCCCUCACGAUGCAGAUCCUGGUGGGCAUUCUGCUCAUCUUCAUCGUGAAGUGGAACCUGAACGACCAGAGCAUGCACUUCAGGUUGAACGUCCUGGAGAACAUAGCCACUGUACUCGUCUUCAUCAUCGUCAUCGUCAACGUCUUCAUCACUGCUUUUGGCGUUCAGAGUCCCAAAAUGAGAGCUUGACUUCCUUCCCCCGACAGCACUUAAAGGUAUGAGCCAUCAAUUGUCUGCGUCCACCAUAUGCAAAUACUGGUGUGUGAAUACUGCUUUAGCCUACUUUAUCCUCAAUGCGGAUUCCUCUUUUUGAUACUGUACAUAUCAGUUGCAUAUAAUGCCCUGUCGUGAUGGCUGUGUCGUCAAGGGGGAAACUCUGCCGUUUUAACCUCUGUUUGAAAACUGUGUGUGUGAGAGUAUGUGUGUGUGUGUGUGUGAGAGAGAGAGAGAGAGAGAGAGAGAGAGAGAGAGAGAGAGAGAGAGAGAGAGAGAGAGAGUGUGUGUGGUCCCAGCACAAGCCAGUCCUUAUAACAACAUGCCUGCACCACCAAAAUAACUGUCCAAGGACCUGUGCUCUGUAGAGAGCAGAUGUUUUGGAGUUUCUGUUUACCCAGAUGUGCUUUGCUCUGCGGGCGAUGUUUAAACCAUUUCUGCCUCCCAACUACACAUUACCUGUCUAGAUCUCAAUGCAUUAGGUGUAGAUCGAAAUGUAGGAGAACUGGUUCAGUAGCCGUGACAGGACAAGGUCAUUCUUACACCAAUCCUCUGCUUCUAAAUCUGAAUUGAAACAGUAGAAGGAAACAAAAGACUAAACGCAGUAGAUGGAUUUCAUUAGGAUUGAGGCCUUGUCUCGGCUUCCACCAUACUCAGGCAGUAUUACAGCACCAUCUAGUGGCCAGUAAAGGUAAUACAGUUCAGUUUGCCUCCACCUACAGUAAGAGCGGACAAAUACAUUUUGCCUUUCAUAUCUCAGAACUAUGCAAUACCGUAUGGAAGUUAAAUGUGUUUGUACACGUUUGUAUCAUCACGUUUCCGUUUUUUUUACACAUGCUAUAAUCAUGUCUUCAAUGCAUUUGUUGAUUUUCAAAA